CUCUCGCGAUAUUUCGAAGCCAAGCUCGCACGCGGCUUCUGAGAGCUUCAGGCCGGGGCCGGGAGGGCGAGCCGGUGCGGGAGGGAGACGCCCUUUUUCCUGCCGUCGGAAGCCAGCGAGGGAGGGUGGUACCCACUCCCCCAGUCCAGUGUCCUGAUGCCCAGCGUCAACGCCAGCCGCAAGGGUCAGGAGAAGCCGCGGGAGAUCGUGGACGCGGCGGAAGAUUAUGCCAAAGAGAGAUAUGGGAUAUCCUCUAUGAUACAAUCACAAGAAAAACCAGAUAGAGUUUUGGUUCGAGUUAAAGACUUGACAGUAGAAAAGGCUGAUGAUGUUGUUUGGGUCCGUGCACGAGUUCAUACAAGUAGAGCAAAAGGGAAGCAAUGCUUCUUAGUCCUGAGGCAGCAGCAGUUUAAUGUCCAGGCUCUUGUGGCAGUGGGAGACCACGCGAGCAAGCAGAUGGUUAAAUUUGCUGCCAACAUCAACAAAGAAAGUAUUAUUGAUGUGGAAGGCAUUGUGAGAAAAGUAAAUCAGAAAAUUGGAAGCUGUACACAGCAAGACGUUGAGUUACAUGUCCAGAAGAUUUAUGUGAUCAGUUUGGCCGAACCUCGCCUGCCCUUGCAGCUGGAUGAUGCUGUUCGGCCUGAAGUAGAAGGUGAAGAGGAAGGAAGAGCUACUGUUAACCAGGAUACAAGAUUAGACAACAGAGUCAUUGAUCUUAGGACGUCAACUAGUCAGGCUGUCUUCCGUCUCCAGUCCGGCAUCUGCCAUCUCUUCCGAGAAACAUUAACUAACAAAGGUUUUGUGGAAAUCCAAACUCCUAAAAUUAUUUCAGAUUCAGGAGAUCUAGUGCCUUCUUAUGACGACCUCUGGUACAAGGGCACUACCAAGUACAGUUCUGCAUUUAAGUUCUCAUUUACCCAAGACUUAAAAUACUGUAUUAUUUUUCUUUGGUUGACAGUUUUUAGAGCCGAAGACUCCAAUACCCAUAGACAUCUGACUGAAUUUGUUGGUUUGGAUAUUGAAAUGGCUUUUAAUUAUCAUUACCAUGAAGUUGUAGAAGAAAUUGCUGAUACCUUGGUGCAAAUAUUCAAAGGACUUCAAGAAAGGUUUCAGACUGAAAUUCAAACUGUGAAUAAACAGUUCCCAUGUGAGCCCUUCAAAUUUUUGGAGCCAACUCUAAGACUGGAGUAUUGUGAAGCUUUGGCUAUGCUUAGAGAAGCAGGAGUUGAAAUGGGCGAUGAGGAAGAUCUAAGUACACCAAAUGAAAAGCUGUUGGGUCGUUUGGUAAAGGAAAAGUAUGAUACAGACUUUUAUGUUCUUGAUAAAUAUCCAUUGGCUGUAAGACCUUUCUAUACCAUGCCUGACCCAAGAAAUCCUAAACACUCCAACUCUUAUGACAUGUUCAUGAGAGGAGAAGAAAUACUGUCUGGAGCACAAAGAAUACAUGAUCCUCAGUUGCUAACAGAGAGAGCUUUGCACCAUGGAAUUGAUUUGGAGAAAAUCAAAGCUUACAUUGAUUCCUUCCGAUUUGGAGCCCCUCCUCAUGCUGGUGGAGGCAUUGGGUUGGAAAGAGUGACGAUGCUGUUCUUAGGAUUGCAUAAUGUACGUCAGACAUCGAUGUUCCCUCGUGACCCCAAACGACUCACACCUUAAACCACACUUUUCAUUCUCUCUAGUAAUCUGCUGUUGAUCAGGUUACACCUGAGGUAGUUACGAUAUGCAGUAAAAUAACUGUCUUACUAAAGUGCCACGAUUCUUUUUUAAAUACUUCAGUACAAAUUAAUUUAAGAAAAAAACAUUUUGAACUUCAGAUAUGUUUCAGUAGGACAUGCUUGAACAUUUUAAUAGAAAUUUCUAUGGUGAAAAUUCAUAGUCUAUCACUAUAGGAAAUGUUAAGGAGACUUUUAAGCAGUUUAAGAUUGUAUAAUUUUUUUUCUUUUCUAUAUUAUGGUAGCCACAAUACUAAUAUCCUAAAUUUUCAGUAUUUGGACUUUUAAAUGAUGACAUUGAGAAAAAGAAAUUGAAGAAAUAACCAAGAUUUUAACAUAUAUAAGAUAGAUAUGUCACAGAAAAUUAGAGUAUGAGUUUAAAGUUAUCUGCAACAAUCAUGUGAGGCAAGUGAGAACACUGGCUAGAAACAGUAACACCAAAACACUUCAGUUCUGAUGUUGGAAUUCAAUAAAACCUUAAAGCUAAU